UGCUCCCAGGCCUGUUAUCCACGCCAGCAGACAGCUUGGAAUUCACCUCUCGGGCCGGGCAGAGUCCAAGGGCCCAGCGUUGCGCAGAGGGCAAGACGGUGUCGCUGCCUUUGCAUGUAACAGCCGUUCCAGGAGGAAUUUGGACCGAAGGUGCGGUGCUGUGCUUGUCUACGGCUUAGGUCAGGGUGCUGCACUUCAGGCCGAGGGGCCAGAUUUGGCCCCGUGAUGUUCCACGUUUGGCCCCAACCCUUCACAAUGGCCAGUCACUGCUCUUGAGAGCUGCAUGCUGGAGCGGAAGAUUCGUACUGGUGGACACACUGUCGGGGGGCCCCAGUGCACUACAACUGACCGGCUACCUCAGAGAGAUUCCUAGGAAGCUCCAGGAAGCAAGUCCUGGGCCUGCCUUCGCCCCACCAGGAUGCUCCGGACCCCGCUGCUGCUGCUGCUUGCUCUUGCCCUCUUCGGUGGUUUCCAGGCCUCCUUUCUAAGCGAUGAAGCUCCCACGCUGCACCUGGAGCGGUUCUGCGACACCAUCCAAGACUACCUAGACAAGAUCUCCAAAGCCACUGGCGAUAACAUGGAGCCCAUCUGCAGUUUGGAACUGAGCAAGGAGAUCAACACCCGCAUCCGCAACGGCAUCCACGGUGCCCGGAGCUACCCGGGGAAGCUGCCGCUCGCCCUGGCACUCCAGCGCCUGCUGCGGGACGUUGCCAAGGAGCUGCAGGGGCUGAGGAGCAGGGUGCAGCCUUAUGCCGACGACCUGAAUCAGAAGGUGCAGGGCGGCGUCAGCUCGCUGCAGGAGCACCUGGCCCCGGUCGCCGGGGAGCUGCUGGAGCAGGUGGAGCUGCAGGUGCAGGCCCUGCAAGAGGCCGUCGCCUCGGGCACGAAGGAGCUGAGGCAGAAGGUGGAGGCUCUCCGGACCCAGCUGGGGCCGUUGGUGCAGGAGCUGAACGGCAGCAUCGAGCAGCGCGUCCAGGACUUCCAGCAGGGGAUGGGGUCUUUGGCCCAGCAGCUGCAGGGCCGCCCCAGCUGGGGGGUUCAACAGGCGCGCCAUAACUGGUACCCCUACGCGGAGGACCUCCAGAUCAAGGACCUCCAGGAGAAGGUCACGAGUGUCUAGCGUCCAGAAUAAUUUAAGAAACCUUUCGGGGGCAGCUGCUCUGGAAAUAGCUCAGUGGGAUGAGGAAGGAAGAUUGCUGUGGCUUACACAAAAAUCGUGAGCUUGGUGAGAGGAGAAGGGGUUGCAAGAGUCCCCCCACCCCGACUCUGUGACGCUGACCUCUGCCUGGAACCAUGCACUGCAGAGGCCAAUAAAAUUUCUAGCCACUAGUGGGCCUUCUUGCCUUUGCGGCCUUCAUGGGGGUGAGAGGAUGGAGAUGUGAGGAAAGAGGGAAUCAGAUUGGCAGGCAAGGGCCACUUUUAAAAAAAGAACUCAAAGUGGCUGACAGCAGCCCCCCCCCAUCAUAUUCUGUCAACAACAACCCUGCGAGGUAGGCUGGGCUGAGAGAGUGGCUGGCGCAAAGCCACCCACUUGGCUCCAUGACCGAGUGGGGACUUGAACCCGGAUCGCCUGCCUCCCAGUCCCUUGCUCUUAGCCACUAUGCCGCACUGGCUCUUUAGAGAAGGUCAUGUUUUUGUUCAGAUUGCCAUGGCUGGGGCCAAGGAGUUUGGCUGCGGAUCCAGCGCCCCUCUGAAGUCAAAAGACUUUGCUCACCAGCAAAAUCUUCUGAUGCAAAGUUGUAUUCUGUGUGUGGUGUCCGCCUUGAAUGUGACCCCACUAAGAUCCAAUGAUGUGGGGAAACAGAAUCAAGUUUCUCUCCCCAUCUAUUCCUGACCAUGCAUUAAUAUUGCAUUUUUAUCCUACCUUUUUUCCUCUUGCAAAAAAACUCCGGCUGGCUCACACUAUUUUUCUCUUCCUUCUUUCAUGUCCCCUGCUUAGUUCUCUCUUCCUAAACUAGGACAUUCCUGAACAUGAGCCUUUCCUUACGUCCUUCUUUAACUCCAUCAUUUUCCUUUGACAAUUUAUUCUCCCUAAGAGCCA